UCUGCAGUGGGACCUUACCUGUUCCUCUAUCCAGUGGCGCUGUCUUCCCGGCUUCUGUAGUGUGCGUGACAGCCGGGUACGAAGUGCGCAUGCGCAAGAAGCGGUGCUCUUUGUGAAUGGUCAGCAGUCAUCUCCUGUACUGUCUGCAGUCUCUGGUCAUCUCCUGUACUAUGUCUGCAGUCUCUGGUCAUCUCCUGUACUGUCCGCAGUCUCUGGUCAUCCCCUGUACUAUGUCUGCAGUCUCUGGUCAUCUCCUGUACUGUGUCCGCAGUCUCUGGUCAUCUCCUGUACUGUGUCCGCAGUCUCUGGUCAUCUCCUGUACUAUGUCCGCAGUCUCUGGUCACCUCCUGUACUAUGUCUGCAGUCUCUGGUCAUCUCCUAUACUAUGUCCGCAGUCUCUGGUCAUCCCUGUACUGUCCGCAGUUUCUGGUCAUCUCCUGUACUGUCCGCAGUCUCUGGUCAUCCCUGUACUGUCCGCAGUCUCUGAUCAUCUCCUGUAGUAUGUCUGCAGUCUCUGGUCAUCUCCUGUACUAUGACCGCAGUCUCUGGUCAUCUCCUG